AUAGUAUAAAUGUACCUGGAAGGAUGUCUAAACAAAGUCAAGAUCUAUUUUCUCUCGUUUCAGGGUGCAGGGCUCAGAAACAGACUGAAGUUGCAAGAAGGCCGAUUCUGGUUCAAUGUCAGGAAACGCUUCAGGAGUCUGGGUGGCUGAACGUGCUCAUGGAGAAGGCAACAAGGAAAGCUGAGCAGCAAGCCCUGAGGCUGGCGGAGGCGAUCAGAGGCGGGGAGGAAGAGGUGGCCCGGCAAUGUGCCGUCUGGCUGGCUGAGCGACACGUCCCCAUCACGGUGCAGCUGGAACCGGACACCUACCCCCAGCGAGACAUUAGGCUGUGGGUGGGCGUGGAAGAUGCCCAGAUGGUCACUACUCCCAUCUUCCUGAAGGUCCAACCUUCCAUGACCGUGGCUUCCCUCAAAGACAUGAUGUUUCUCCAUUAUGGUUUUCCUCCCAGCAUCCAGAAGUGGUUGGUUGGACAGAGGCUGCCACAGGACCAUGAGACCCUCCACUAUCAUGGCAUCCAGAGAGACGGGGACAUGGCAUACCUCUUCUUGCUCUCUGCCAAGGCUGCAAACCUGAACAAGGAAACGGUGGAGUUGGACCAUGAACGCAGGCAGCUGGCAGAGUUAGGCAUUAAAGAAGGGAUCCUGCUGCCCCGGGGAACGACCACAGCGGACUCCCCAGCACCAAUGGAGCCCUCGAUCACACUGGACGUCUACGAGGAGGGGAGCGGCUUUGCACUGUCUCUCCCUGUCGAGCCCCCAAAGGUUGGUUGGGAGUGCCCGAGUUGCACGUUCAUCAACAAGCCAGCCCGUCCAGGCUGCGAAAUGUGCUGCACCGAGCGGCCCCGGGAUUACAUCAUCCCAGAAGGCUAUCAGCUGGAUGCCGAGGAACAGGAGUGGCUUCAAAGGGAAGAAGAGGCAACACGCCAGUAUGAGCAGGUGAACGAACAGCAGAAGCAAAGGAACUAUCAGCAACUCCUGCAGUGGGACAACCAGAAUUUGGUGCCUUCUGAAGAAGCCAUGGAGUGCCCAAUCUGCUUCGUGAACCUGGAGCCCGGAGAGGGGGUGACCCUGCGGGAGUGCCUUCAUUCCUUCUGCAAGGACUGCUUGAGAGGGACCAUCCUCAACAGCCCAGAACCGGAGGUCAAAUGCCCCUACAUCGAUGACAAGUACUCUUGUCCCUGGCAGCUGCUGGACCGCGAGAUCAAAGCGCUUCUAACGGAGGCUGAAUAUCAGCGCUUUCUGGAUUUGGGCAUCUCCAUUGCUGAGAAUCGCAGCCGGUUCAGUUACCACUGCAAAACCACGGACUGUCGGGGUUGGUGCUUCUACGAAGACGAUGUGAAUGAAUUCUCCUGCCCGGUGUGCCUCAAACGGAACUGCCUGCUGUGUCAGGCUAUUCACGAAAACAUGAACUGCAAGGAAUACCAGGAUGAUCUCCGAAUACGGGCGCAGAAUGACCUCACUGUACAACAGACCACUGAGGCGUUGCUGAGGCUGGUGAGCGAUGGGGAGGCCAUGUACUGCCCCACCUGCAGAAUCAUCGUCCAGAAGAAGGAUGGCUGCGACUGGAUCCGUUGCACUGUCUGCCACACGGAGAUUUGCUGGGUGACCAAAGGCCCACGCUGGGGACCAGGGGGCUCGGGGGACAUCAGCGGGGGCUGCCGUUGCAAGGUAAAUGGGAUCCCCUGCCAUCCGAAUUGUCAGAACUGCCAUUGAGCCAAAGGCCCAACCAUCCUGAACGUUGGACUUUCCAGGGAACCCGUCCGUGUGCGUGGGAGGACGGGGGCCUGAAGGGCGGCCAAGGUGAAUUCUGGACCAUUGGGCACGUCUUCUGCAGCGUGACCAGGAACUGUUGGAAUCGGGGCCCUUGGCUCCCGCCUGGUCAAUCUCAGAGGACUCUCCUGCGCCACUGAUGAGGUGAUGGGGCCAAGUGGAAGGCGCUCUUCUACCUCUGGGUUGGGCGAGCGGGGCAUAUUCUUCACCCCCUCCUGUAUCGGUUGCGCCCAGAGCCUUUGCUUGUUGGUUCGUUUCGGUCUAGAUGUUCUGCUUCCCUUUUUCGUACGGAGUGGCCACCGUUUUCUUCUCUUGCCCUUCUGCACAAACAGCAUUAUGUUGCGCGUCUGUCGAGGUUUCAGGGUCGGAUCUGCGUGGCCUCACUGAAGCCACGGAUGCUUGUCACUCACUGCAUUAAAACCACAGAGUUGUGGGCUGCGGCUGUAUGACCGAAUAUGCUGGCUUGGCGUACAUUCCGUGUUUACUCGCUUUACCGUAAGGAUAUUUAUAGGCCAAGAAGCUGCUGCUGCUGCUUUAGGACGCCCAGCCACAACAUAGAAAUUAUUUGAGACAGGGUCAGUGUCAGAUGGAGCUCUGUGGGUCUGUGGUCACCUCUCCGGUCACCCAAAUCUAGUUUCUGAAAUUGAAUUUUAGGGAUAGCAGAGUCUUUCCAGAGAAAGUGAGAAGUCUGCAGAAGGGAUCCUCAACAUGAUUUCUGAUGAGAUAGGACCGCAACUAAUAGCGUAAGGAGGGCUGGGAAUUACUGUUGUGAAAUUGCUAAAAAGGCCUUUUUUUUUAAUGUACCAUUAUGUGAAUUUACUUGAAAUGGUACCAAGAGAUGUUAAAACGAUGGGGAGGAUGCCAAGAGAUGCCAACAGUUUUUCAAAUACUUCUGGGAAGCCUGGAGAACCAGAGAUAAUCUAGAGAGAUUUGGAAUGUUAUAUUUAGGAUAUGUGUCCUAGACAACAUACCCGGAAAAUGAGAGAGGUUAGGUGCAAGGAAGAUAGGUCACACAAUGUCCCUCGGGGAAGACUGGACUUAAUGCUACUUAAUGUAUUUUUAGGUGUGCACAUUGAUAACGUUAUUUGAAAGACAGGUAUUUCUGAUUUGGGAAGGAAGAUAAACGUGUCCCAAAUUAUCUGUCCAUGAAGGUGAAAUUAAAUUUAUGCAGAAGCCAUUUUAGCUGCCCGUAACAGCAGCUCACUUUCCUUUCUGUUUGCCUCCAAUAAGAUUACUAAGCAGCUAGGGUACCAGAAGAACCUCAACAUUAGGGUAGAAAUUCAUUACCGCUGUGAUUAUGUGACUCCUUUGAUCCAACACUUUGAUGCUGCCAUGUUUGAUUCUGUACAGUAUUUGUGCUUUUGCGAAAAAACCAGUGUUAAGUUUGCCUCUGAAAACGAUUAAAAGAUAAAUCACUUGCAUUUUCAA